ACAAAACUCAGAAAUGUCAACAAUAAGUUUCAAGUUAGCUUGGAAUGGAUUCGCUGAAUCCUUGGCAGAUUCGGAUAAACUUCUGCCAUUUCGAUUUUUGCCAUUUCUGCAACGCAGUUCUCAUCUACCAGCUGAAGUUUUGAGUGUGUACCACGAGUUCCACUCAUUUGUAUAACCACACAAACAGUGUUGCUAAAAUAGUCGAGAAAUGGCUGAGGUGGUGUCAGGAGCUGAAGAAAGCAGACUUCAGAAGAUAUGCAUGAUCAUUAAAUUCAACCCGGAGGCUGAUGUUCAGUUAAGGAAUGUCUAUUCAGAAUGCAAGAUUCCCCUUUGGACCAGAAACACACUGUCUUUAUUUAUAGAAAGCAUUGACUGGCCAGGUGAUGCAGAUGCUCAGACAAGUCUACACCUGUAUACUACUUUCAUUGAACAGGCAAACUUAAAAGUUAGGCUUGGAGAAACGGAAGAAUUGAAAGAAUUUCAGCAUUUCUAUCCUGAAAGUCGUGCAGCUGACUUUGUCAAGGCAAUGAGAAAGUGCAUGAUUACAGAGCUGACCAUCAUUGGAACCAAACUAGAACCAGAGGAACCAGAAAAGGUAUUGACUGAGGCAUGGCAGUCUCUUAAAAACACUGUUAACAGUCAUUUGGCUCAGAGCGAGAAACGGGACGGGCUGAGAAAGAGAAAAGUGAAUCAGGUCGACAACACAUACAGCUUAUCUGUGUCCGUUUCAAAUGCGGUGAAUAAUAUCCAGACCGCUGGUGGCUGGGUUGUUAAUAACCUGACCUCAUGCAGUAAGACUUGUUAUGACGAGCUCAGCCGAUGGUACAAGGAGAAGAAUGUGAUCAAGUACAAGAAGAUAGAGGGAGCUGAUCAAAAAUUGAUGCAUCUGGAACAUAUACAACUAAGGUUUUGUGAUACCCACAAGAAAUGCAAAGAGAUGGUUGAAGUGGUUUCGGCCGCAACAAAGUUGAUACAGGGACUUAUUGACAAGAAAAAUAUAGCAGACAUGCCCGAGGAAAUUUGCAGCAUGGAGAAGAUUCACGGAGAGAUGCAUGCGAUUCAAACUGAACUUGAAGAAAGGUCCAUUGUGAUUGAAGAACAACCAGACCAGAUCAUUGAGAUCAAGGACCACAGCACGAAAAAUAAAGAAACCUUCAAGAUAAAACUAAGGUCAAUGCUGAAUCUGAGGAUAGAAAAGGCAAAGGUGGAACUCGUCAACGAGGAUGACCUUGAUUCCCAACGUACUUCGAAAGCAGAAGUCUCACACAAACCUCCCAUCAGGAACGGCGAUAGGACGAUAUUGAGCGAGAUCAAGAUUAAAAACUUUGUUCGUCCAAUCAAUCAGAACGUCCUGUUUGUGCCAUACGCUUUCCAGUUGAUGGUUAAGAUAGCAAAUCAUGAGAAAAUGCUACAGAUGUACAGUCAUGAGUGCAUCCUUGGUAGCCACACCCAAAUCUCCAAGGCUCAAGGCUACCAACUGUGGUCAUCGGCAUUCUCAACACAAAAAUCUGAUGUUGAUGAACCAUUUCAAGUGCGGGAAGAAGUGCCUUGGAAAGAGUUCUACCCGAUCCUCAGCGAUUACUUCUAUAAGGAGGCGAAUUACAGAUUCACAGUGGACAACAUCAACUGUUUGUCAGAAAUGUUUGAACAUCUUACAGUUCCUUGGAAAAAGCUGGUUAUCGAACCAAGUCCCAAUUGUCCCAAGAGGCAGAAAGAGAAGAACUUCACUAUCUGGGACUGGUUGUGCGGAGCAAAGAAUAUCCUGAAGGAAUACCCAGGGCUGUGUAGGGAAGGUUUGAUUCAUGGGUUUUUAACCAAGGAUCGAGCAGACGAACUCCUGAAGCAGGAACAAGAGGGAUCAUUCCUCUUGCGAUUUUCACAUACGUUCCUUGAUGGCAAAACCACCCCGACAGGGGGCCUGUCGGUAGUGGUCAACACCUACAAUAAAAGAAAGGGUAAGGUCGAGGUCCUUCAUAGUGCACCAUUCAGCCUGAAGUCGGACAAGGUUGACCGCCUACCGAAGCAGGACACGUUUGGCAUGUGGCUGGGGCAAUUCAUCACCAAGUCAAAUGAAAAUACGGAGGUCACCUUGAAGCAGUUAUGUGGAACGUGCCGGCCUCUAGAGGAGACCUUCAAGUCCUUCAUGUUACACUCGCCAACUCCUACUUGGAAGGACUACCAUGUUGUCAACAAAAAAUUAGUUAUGGGUAAUGGAAGUAACAACGCAGUUGUGAAUAUGGAAACUGAACAAGGGAACAUCCUCCAAGAGAGGAUUGAAGAACUUGUCAAAAUUGCUGACAUCCGACCUGGUUUGAAUGUUGUACUCAUUGCACCAACCCCUGAUGAGCCAAUAUGGAAAAUGAUGUAUGAUACUGCAAAUAUAAUGCCAUCACCAGCUGUGUCGACUGACUAUGACAACAACCAGAGUCCUGCUUCAAGCCUGAUGAGCCCUAGUUCGGCGUCAGAGUAUCACAGUGCAACGGAAGACCAGAUGGAUAUUGAAUUGGACUUGCCAGAAGAAUGUGUUGGGGAGCCAACUUUGACGGUUCUUUGCAGAUCCCUUGGCAUGCUUCAGCCGGGUGGGGAAGGCCCAGUCAGAACUGAACCCAACACUGAUAGUCUAGAAUUACAAGCUUAUUUAAACCUGCCUCAAGCAAACAGCGUGUGUGAGCGUCUGCCACAAAUAGGGGACCCUUUUGAAUCAGGGUUCGGUCAUUCAUUCACGCAAGAGCUCAAUACACCAACCAUACCCGAGUCAGUUGAGAACAUGUUUCAGUAAAGGAGAGAUGCUAUACUAAAUGAUAGCGAUACAUCAGCUUCUAUCCAUCGAGGCAUCUUUUGAAUGUUUCUGAGGCAACAAGGUUGGUGUUAUGGACACAACGUUCAUAUGUGAACUUUCCGUGCUUGAUUUACGUUAGGGAACUUUGUCUAUUGUGGUUAUAGCAGGCGUUUUGAAAUUUUGUUUUAGAUUUACUUAUGAUUACAUACAUGAGUGUUUUAUUGUUAUAUUGUUGUACAUGUAUCACCAGAAAAGUUUUUUGUUUUGAUUAGAAAUCAUGUCUUGAGCACUCUGUAGUUGCACACAUAACUAUCAAAUUGACCUUGCUCCCGCUAGUUUCUGCUUGGCCAUUCAUAUUGGUAGCGUAUUACAAUGAGGUUGUCUUUUUGAAUUUACGAUAUAAGAAAUUCAAUUAAAAAUUUCAAAUUUUUAAUGAAUGGCGUAGGCCCUGAGCUGGUGAUUAUUGGUUUAUUUGUUAGUUGAACUUGGAUGAAGAAGACAUGAUCGUAGACGGUGUAAAUUGUAUCUUUGAUAUAUAACUAUAUAAUUUCAUGAUGGAUAUGAUUUGUGAAAGAUACCAUAUACAAUGUAAGGUAUAGAAGAAUUGGUAUGAUCGAAGCCUUGGGCUAAAAUGGCAUUUGCUGUUGGUAACAACAAAGAUAAUAAAAUAAUUUAACAGUUAUCAUAUUUAUGUCAUAUAUAUCAUGUAUUUGGUACAAUUACUUGUAUCUCUGACCUAUGUUCACUGCUUGAACUAUUAAUUGGCAUAUUUGAAGCCACUUAUCAUAUAUCCUACGUAAACUUAUGUUUAAAUUUGUACUGUAUUCUUCAUGUACUUUAGUCUGGAGGUUGGCCAUAUAUAAACACCGUGUCGGCGCUACAGUUUUGCCAAUUUAGAAAAACAUUUAGCUCUCAAUAUUCAACAGUAUAAAAAAUUGAAUCUAUUUCAUAUUUUUCUCCAGAACGUUUUGAUUCGGCUAAUCAUUUCAAAGCAAGGAAACCCCGAAACAUGUACAUUGAUUCAUGAAUGAGGUGUUUUUGAAAUACAUGUGCUGCAGACAAUUUACCCGAUACUUACUUGUAAGUGCUCCCAACAUUGGAGAGUUUUAAAUGUGUUUGUCAAUUUUGUUGUAAAUAAACUCUCUGCAUCAA